GUGUGGAAGGAGGGGGGAGGAGGAAAGCCACCAGCAGCCUUCAGAAGGAGCCUUUUUGGACAGGAAGAGAAGUGGAAUUAAACCAGAAAUGUCGGCGAAGGCCUGAAGUUAGACCUCUCCAGCCAGAAAGAAGUCAACAAGGACAGAGAAAGCCACUGAUAUGCGGCACUACUGAGGCAAGACCAUUGCUGGCUGAUGAAAGUUUGGGAAGGAUGGCUGAUCCCAACAAGUUCUAUGAUCAGAUCACUGAGGAGCACCUGACAAGCUUCUCCUUCAUUGGCCAAGGAUCUUUUGGGGACAUUUUCCGAGCUCGGCACAAAGGUUUGGGGAUUGAUGUCGCAAUCAAGUUUCUGAGCCGGAAUUCUUCCUUCACCCAAAAGGAACUCUUGAAAGAAGCCCGGGCCAUGGACAAGGCCCGCUUCACCUACAUCCUACGACUCUAUGGCCUCUUCAUAGGCAAAACGCAGACAGACGCUGCCUUGGUGCCAGCCAUGGUGCCCAGCAUGGGCCUGGUGAUGGAAUACAUGGAGAAUGGCAACUUAUCCAGUUUAAUGUAUCAGGUCCCCUCCAUGCCUUGGGCCCUGCGCUUCCGCAUCCUGCACCAGGUAGCCCUGGGGAUGAAUUUCCUGCACAACCUCAAACCUCCGUUGUUACAUCUGGACCUCAAGCCUAGCAACAUCUUACUUAAUGGGGAUCUACAUGUCCGGGUGUCUGAUUUUGGUUUAUCCAAGUUCAAGCGAGGUACAACUCAGCAAUGUAACGUCAGCUCUGGGGAAGGGAGCACCUAUGGCGGGACCCUGGAAUUCAUGCCCCCCGAAGCCUUUAUCGAUUUCAACUACAAGCCGGCCCCCAGCACAGAUGUCUACAGUUAUGGCAUCCUGAUGUGGUCAGUGUUAAGCAGUCAAGAACCUUACCACAAUCUCCACCAUGCCAACAUGAGUUCCCUCAUCAGGAUCCACAUCCCCCAAGGCCAGAGGCCACGGACAGAAGAUCUGGAGAAGCAGGUCGAUCAAGUGCCGAAGCUGGGAAACUUGAUUGACCUCAUGAGAAAGUGCUGGUCUAAUGAGAAGGGGCAGAGGCCGAGCUUCUGGGACUGCGGAGAAGAAAUGGAAGAUGUGUAUUCCAGUUAUAAGUGGAAGAUUGUACCUGCUGUUCGUGAAGUCCAGGAUAUUUUGAUGCAGAAAGAGAAUUCUUCUAGAAAAGAAGCCAAAUUCCCUGCCUGUCUGAGUUCCAGGGGGGCCAGUCUUGCCACUGAGAGAGCUGAGGACCACCAAGCAUUCCUUUCUACCUCUGGCUUGGAAGAACGUUUUAAAACUUUCCACCUAGAAGAACCUUCAUCUAUGCAAAAUGAAGCUGUACCACCAGAAGUUGGUUUCAGGGGGAAAUCUUCUGGGACCCUUCACCGUAGUCAAAGCUUGUGUAAUAGCAAAAAAGCCAUAGGAACACAGCAGGAACAUCCUCAUCUGUCAGAAGCCCGGACUCCACAAAGGACCACAGUUAGAGGUAAUAAGCAACGGCCCCGUUCAGAUACUUUUACUUCUCCAAUGUAUUCAACUUAUCCUCCUGCAUACCCUCAUCACCAACAGCCAGAUUAUGACCUCUACCAAGGUAAUACUGGAUUUGUACAGCGGGAUCAGUCAUCCCUGUGGCGUUUGGCACCUGGAGUUCCAUAUGGUGGAGUUCACAUCAGUGGCGACAGUGUCACAGGACUUCAGUUUGGAAUUGGUAACAGCAUGCAUGUUGAACAAGCUUCUCCAAUCAAGAACAAGAAAAAGCAGUAGCCAAUGAAUGCAGAUAGAAUGUGGCUAGUUUCUCAUGGACAAUUCCAUUCUUCUGUUUGGGGGCAUUCCAGCCAGCUCCAAAUGCCUUCUCUGUUGUCCCUGCCUUUUCUGAGCAAUCCCCAUAACUCAGCCUAAUCUAGCUAUUUCCUAGAAAGAUAGAAUCACAGAAUGGAAAGGGUGGAAGGGACUUUGGAGGUCAUCUAAUCCAACUCCCUGUCCAAUGCAAGCAUCUACUACUGCAGCAUCCCCAGCAGAUGGCCACCAAGCCUCUCUUGAAACAUUGCCAAUGAAGGAGAACCCACUACUUUCUGAGGCUGUCUGUUUUGUUGUUGAUCAGCUUUUGCUAUUAAGAAAUGUUUCCUGAUGUCUAACAAAAUUUGCUUCCUUGUAAUUUCAACCCGUUGUUUUUGGCCCUGCCCUCUGGAACAACACUGAGUAAUUCUGUCCUAACAGCUACAGACUGGCCAUUCAGAUCCUUGAGGAGAGCUACUGCAUCACAUCUCACAAUCUUCUCUUCUCCUCU